AUGCACUUGAUAAGUAAUAAAAUCGAAAUAAAGAAAUUAUCUAUCUAUCUAUCUAUCUAUCUAUCUAUCUCUGCUCUCUCUCUAUCUAUUUAUCCUCAUCUCUCUCUAUCUAUCUAUUUAUCCUCAUCUCUCUCUAUCUAUCUAUUUAUCCUCAUCUCUCUCUCUCUAUCUAUCUAUCCUCAUAUCUAUCUAUCUAUCUAUCUAUCUAUCUAUCUAUCUAUCUAUCUAUCUCUGCUCAUAUCUAUGUAUCUCUGCUCUCUAUCUAUCUAUUUAUCCUCAUCUCUCUCUCUCUCUCUCUCUAUCUAUCUAUCCUCAUAUCUCUCAAUCUAUCUAUCUAUCUAUCUAUCUAUCUAUCUAUCCUCAUAUAUCUUUCUCUCUAUCUAUGUAUCUCUGCUUUCUAUGUACCUCUACUCUAUGUCUAUCUACCUAUGUAUCUCUGCUCAUCUCUCUCUCUCUCUCUUUCUCUCUCUCUGCAUAUAUAUAUAUAUAUAUAUAUAUAUAUAUAUAUAUAUAUAUUCAUAUCUAUCUCUGCUCAUAUCUAUCUAUGUUUAUAUCUGUCUACGUACCUAUCUCUGCUCAUAUCUAUCUACCUAUCUCUGUUUAUAUCUAUCUAUCCUCAUAUCUAUCUACCUAUCUCUGUUUAUAUCUAUCUAUCUACCCUCAUAUCUCUCUAUCUUUCUAUCUCUGCUCUUUAUCUAUGUAUUUCUGCUCUAUGUCUAUCUACCUAUCUAUGUAUCUCUGCUCAUAUAUAUAUAUAUAUAUAUAUAUAUAUAUAUAUAUAUAUAUAUAUGUGUGUGUGUUUACGUAUCUAUCUCUGCUCAUAUCUAUCUAUCAAUCUAUCUGUUUAUAUCUGUCUACGUAUCUAUCUAUCUAUCUUUGUUUAUAUCUAUCUAUCUAUCUAUCUAUCUAUCUUUGUUUAUAUCUAUGUUUAUAUCUGUCUACGUAUCUAUCUAUCUAUCUUUGUUUAUAUCUAUCUUUGCUUAUAUCUGUCUACGUAUCUAUCUAUCUAUCUUUGUUUAUAUCUAUCUAUCUAUCUAUCUAUCUAUCUUUGUUUAUAUUUGUUUAUAUCUGUCUACGUAUCUAUCUAUCUAUCUUUGUUUCUAUCUAUCUAUCUAUCUAUCUAUCUAUCUAUCUAUCUAUCUAAGCCGCUUCCCCUGUGUCUCUCAGUUUUAUUUAAUUUCCUUCUUAGUUACAUUCACCUUGUUCACCAAAAAGUAUUUUUCCCUCUCCCUCUCCACAGCUAUCCUUCUUUCGAUUUCUGUGUGUGAAAUGACUGAGCGCCUUGAAGGGUGGGGCAUUCCUCUCUUCUUCGUUCUUCUUUCUUUCCUCUCUUUUUUAUUCUUCUUUCUUUCCUCUCUUUUUUAUUCUUCUUUCUUUCCUCUCUUCUUCAUUCUUCUUUCUUUCCUCUCUUUUUUAUUCUUCUUUCUUUCCUCUCUUCUUCAUUCUUCUUUCUUUCCUCUCUUCUUCAUUCUUCUUUCUUUUUCUCUUUUUUUAUUCUUCUUUCUUUCCUCUUCUUCUUCUUCUUUUCUUCAUUUUUUUUUUUCUUUUUUCUCUUUUUUUUUAUUCUUUUUUUCUUUUCCUUCUCUUUUUUCCUUUUUUUUUUUUCUUCUUCUUUCUUUCUCUCUUCUUUUCUUCUUUCUUUCUUCAUUCUUCUUUUCUUUCCUCUCUUUUUCAUUCUUCUUCAUUCUUCUUUUUUUUUCGUUUCCUCUUUUUAUUCUUUUCUUUUCAUUCUUUCCUCUCUUUUUUAUUCUUCUUUCUUUCCUCUCUUCUUCAUUCUUCUUUCUUUCCUCUCUUUUUUAUUCUUCUUUCUUUCCUCUCUUCUUCAUUAUUCUUCUUUCUUUCCUCUCUUCUUCAUUCUUCUUUCUUUCCUCUCUUUUUUAUUCUUCUUUCUUUCCUCUCUUUUUCAUUCUUCUUUCUUUCCUCUCUUUUUUAUUCUUCUUUCUUUCCUCUCUUUUUUAUUCUUCUUUCUUUCCUCUCUUUUUUAUUCUUUUUCUUUUUUUAUUCCUCUCUUUUUAUUCUUCUUUCUUUCCUCUCUUUUUUAUUCUUCUUUCUUUCCUCUCUUUUUUAUUCUUCUUUCUUUCCUCUCUUCUUCAUUCUUCUUUCUUUCCUCUCUUCUUCAUUCUUUUGUUCUGUAUUUCAUGUCAUUCUGAUUUGUUUUUCAUUCUUAUAUUAAUUUUCUUUCUUUCGUACCUUAUUCGUUCUGCUUGUAUUUCAUUUCUUGUCUGUUUUUUUCUAAUUUAUUUCCUUACUUAUUGCUACUUUUUUUUCUUAACUUUUGUUAUAUAUUCAGCUUUUUCUCUUUUCGUCCUUUUGGGGGGCUGUUUUUUUUUUCUUUCUUUCUUUCUUAAUCACUAG